CUCGCCGUUCCUACCUCGUGCACUCGCGUUGUUGGCAACGCACUGCUGCCGAAUCCGGGGCACUGGCCUGGCCCCGUUGCCAUAUUAUCGGCAUUCUCCAUGGGGCAAACAAGCGUUGCGCGAGGUAUAUAAGGCCCUAGUCUCUCGGGGAGACGGGGCCGCUAUCUCGACAAGCGCGCGCGCUGCAGCAUCUCAACUACUCCCAUACCACGCACAACAACUUGCACGAUGCCAGGCGGCGCAGCGGCUCCCAUCGCGGGUAACGUGUUCAAGGAGGGCCUGUUCCCCCGGCACUACUUCGUCGCGUUCGUCCUCGUCACGUCUCUCUUCUUCCUCUGGGGCUUCGCAUACGGCCUCCUCGAUGUUCUCAACAGUCACUUCCGCUCCACACUGCACAUCACCAAGCUGCAGUCCACCGGCCUGCAGGUCGCAUACUUUGGCUGGGGCUACUUUGCCUUCUCGCCUGUCGCUGGCGAGGUGAUGCGACGCAAGGGGUACAAGUUCACCAUCCUCAUGGGUCUCUUCUUCUACUCACUCGGCGCCAUCUUCUUCUGGCCAUGCGCAAAGUUCUCUGACACCGCGUCCAACAAGCACGCCGUGUUUGGCGGCUUCGUCAUCUGCACCGGCGUCACCGCGAUGGGUCUCGCCUCGCUUGAGGUCGCUGCCAACUCGUACAUCGCCGUCAUGCCGCCCGUGAGCGUGUCUUCGCUCCGCCUCCAGCUCUCCCAGUCGUUCAACGGAGUCGCGUCGUUCGCUGGCCCGCUCAUCGCCUCCAAGUACUUCUUCUCGGGGAAGAACGCCGGCUCGAACACCAACGUCCAGUGGGUCUACCUCGCCGUCGCGGGUAUGGGCGCCCUCAUCGCCGUGUGCUUCGUGUUCGUCAAGCUUCCUGAGGUCGACGAGGCCGAUCUCUUCGGUGACGAGCAGGACGCGAGUGUCCGCAAGCCGCUGUGGAAGGAGACCCGUGCCACCACCGGCGCGAUCGCCCAGUUCCUAUACGUCGGUGCGCAGGUCACCAUUGGUGCCUUCUUCCUCUUCUACGUCGAGGAGAACGCCGGCAUCUCGCAGGCCCGCGGCGCCCAGCUCCUCUCAUACGCGCUGAUCAUGUUCACCGUCGCACGUUUCAUCUCGACUGCGCUUCUGUCGGUUGUCGCCGCCCCCGUGCUUCUCGGCAUCUACGCCGUCCUCGCGACGCUGUGCACGAUCCUCGUCGCCACGCUCCACGGUAACGGCGGCGUGGCCAUGAUCAUGCUCGUCAUGUUCUUCGAGUCGAUCAUGUACCCUGUCAUCUUCACCCUCGCGACCCAGAACCUCGGCUUCAACACGCGCCGUGCCGCCGCCCUCGUCGUCAUGGGCGUGUCUGGUGGCGCCGUCUUCCCGCCCAUCCAAGGCGCCAUCUCGGACAGACACGGCACGCGCGUGUCGUUCUGGCUCGUCGUCCCGUGCUUCGUCUACAUCGCCCUGUGGGCCCUGUAUAUCUGGAACAAGGACGGGCGCUACUUCUCGCCUCUGCAGCAGCGCAAGGACGCCGGUGCGUGGGAGGAGAACAGUGUGGCGAACGACGACGAGAAGGCAACGGGCAACGCUGUGAUUGUCGAGGAGGCCGGCAAGGCCAAGUGGUAGAUUGUAUAGUUGUUAAUGCUAGGGAAUUCAUG